AUGUCUUUGUCACUCUCACCAUUGUCACUGUCCGAGCUGUCCAACGAGGAGCUCGCUUUGUCUUCGCAGUGGAGCACUCUCUCUGCAAGAUUCCCGGAGGGUCUGGAUGAGUUCAAUACCUACCUGAAGUCUACGACCUACGUUGUUGGAUCCAAGUUCACAGCUGCGGAUGUCACUGUGUUUGACAACACAUGGAAGCAUUUGCAGAGUGUCAGUGACGUGGCUUCUCUGAGACACGUUUUGAGAUGGGCUGAUCUCGUGCAGAAUCUGACCGGCCAGGAGAAGAUCAAGAUUGAUCUGGAUGCUGCCGUUCCAAGAGAGAUCAAGGUGAAGGAGAAGAAGGAUGCCAAGCCGGAUGCUAAGUCUGAACCAAAGAAAGAGGCCGAGGCCAAGAAGGCUGAGGUUCCCGUUGCUGCUAAGGGUGGUGAUGCCAAGGGAAAGGACAUCUCCCCUGAAGAGAUGGAGGCCCGCAAAGCCAAGGCUGAGGCCAAGAAGGCUGCGAAGGCCAAGGCUAAAGCUGAAGCUGAUGCCAAAGCCGCAGCUGCCGCCCUCCCUCCAAGUCCAGCUCAAAUCGACUUCAGAGUCGGGUUUAUUGAAAAGGCUGUCAAGCAUCCAGACGCAGAUUCGCUCUAUGUGUCCACCAUUCAAAUGGGUGACGCCGAACCAAGAACCGUCUGCUCUGGACUGGUCAAGUACAUCCCAUUGGAAGAUAUGCAGCAGAGAUACAUCGUGGUCAUUGGAAACCUAAAGCCCGUCAACAUGAGAGGUAUCAAGUCCACUGCAAUGGUGCUGUGUGCUUCUGACGAGACCAAGGUGGAGUUUGUCAACCCACCGGCCGGCUCCAAGCCUGGUGACAAGCUCUUUUUUGAGGGCUUUGACGGAACUCCAGAGCCUGUUCUGAACCCCAAGAAGAAGGUCUGGGAGACUGUUCAGCCUCACUUUUCAACCACCGAAGGUUUCGAAGUGACAUACACGGAAGACGGCAAGCCACCUGCCAGACUGGUCAAUGCCAAGGGCGAAUUGUGUAGAAACUCGUCAAUUGUUAACGCACAAGUCCGUUAA